UGGGGUACCAGACUUCCUGGGGCCCACCUGCCCGACUGCCCUGGACUCCGGCAGCGGGGCCCCCGAUGGCAGUGGGCAGCUCCCCGUGAAACCUGCCAAGCUGGACGCCACAGCUCCGCACGACGACACCUUGGCCAGCUCCGUGCCGCCUUCGGAGACUUGCAGCCAUGCAGUCCUAGCCUGCAGCCCGGGCCUCCCCGAGGAACUCUACAUCAGUGAGGCAGUGGAAGAUGCUCCCAGCUACAGAGGAUACCGGGAUGCCUGCACCAUUACAGAUGUGUGCAACAGCACCGAUCUUCCGGAAGUUGAGAUCAUCAGCCUGCUGGAGGAGCAGCUGCCCCAUUACAAGCUAAGAGCCGACACCAUCUACGGCUAUGACCACGAUGACUGGCUCCACACACCCCUCAUUUCUCCAGACGCCAACAUAGACCUCACCACCGAGCAAAUCGAAGAGACCCUGAAAUACUUCCUUUUAUGCGCUGAAAGAGUUGGCCAGAUGACUAAGACGUACAAUGACAUUGAUGCUGUCACUCGGCUUCUGGAGGAGAAAGAGCGGGAUCUAGAAUUGGCUGCUCGCAUCGGCCAGUCGUUGUUGAAGAAGAACAAGACCCUGACGGAGAGGAACGAGCUGCUGGAGGAACAGGUGGAACACAUCAGGGAAGAGGUGUCCCAGCUCCGGCACGAGCUGUGCAUGAAGGAUGAGCUACUGCAAUUCUACACGAGCGCUGCGGAGGAGAGCGAACCCGAGUCGGUGUGCUCCACGCCGCUGAAGAGAAACGAGUCCUCCUCCUCGGUGCAAAAUUACUUCCACCUGGACUCCCUGCAGAAGAAGCUCAAGGACCUGGAAGAGGAGAAUGUGGUGCUGCGGUCCGAGGCCUGCCAGCUGAAGACGGAGACCAUCACCUACGAAGAGAAGGAGCAGCAGUUGAUCAGCGACUGUGUGAAGGAGCUGAGGGAUGCCAAUGUCCAGAUCGCAAGCAUCUCGGAGGAGUUGGCCAAGAAGACAGAGGACGCGGCCCGGCAGCAGGAGGAGAUCACACACCUGCUGUCCCAGAUCGUGGAUCUGCAGAAGAAAGCAAAAGCGUGUGCAGUGGAAAAUGAGGAGCUCGUGCAGCACCUGGGGGCCGCGAAGGACGCCCAGCGGCAGCUCACGGCGGAGCUGCGUGAGCUGGAGGACAAGUACGCCGAGUGUAUGGAGAUGCUGCACGAGGCCCAGGAGGAGCUGAAGAACCUGCGCAACAAGACCAUGCCCAACACAACGUCCCGCCGCUAUCACUCGCUGGGCCUCUUCCCCAUGGACUCGCUGGCGGCCGAGAUCGAGGGCACCAUGCGCAAGGAACUGCAGCUGGAGGAGCCCGAGUCUCCGGACAUCACACACCAGAAGAGAGUCUUCGAAACCGUGAGAAGCAUCAAUCAGGUGGUCAAGCAGAGGUCCCUGACCCCCUCGCCCAUGAACAUCCCCGGCUCCAACCAGUCCUCGGCCAUCAACUCCCUCCUGUCCAGCUGCGUCAGCACCCCCCGGUCCAGCUUCUACGGCAGUGACGUUGGCAACAUCACCCUCGACAACAAGACCAAUAGCAUCAUCUUGGAAACCGAGGCAGCCGAGUUGGGAGAGGAGCGCAGUAAGAAGCCAGGCACGCCGGGCACCCCGGGCUCCCACGACCUGGAGACGGCGCUAAGGCGGCUGUCGCUCCGCCGAGAGAACUACCUGUCCGAGAGGAGAUUCUUCGAGGAGGAGCAGGAGCGCAAGCUCCGGGAGCUGGCGGAGAAGGGCGAGCUGCGCAGCGGGUCGCUGACGCCCACCGACAGCAUCAUGUCCCUGGGCACGCACUCGCGCCUCUCGGAGCUCACGGGCUUCUCCGGCAUGUCCUUCAGCAGCCGCUCGUACCUGCCGGAGAAGCUGCAGAUCGUGAAGCCGCUGGAAGGUUCCGCCACCCUCCAUCACUGGCAGCAGCUGGCACAGCCCCACCUGGGGGGCAUCCUGGACCCGCGGCCCGGGGUCGUCACCAAGGGCUUCCGGACGCUGGAUGUUGACUUAGAUGAAGUGUACUGCCUUAAUGACUUUGAGGAAGACGACACAGGUGACCGCAUUUCUCCCCCGGGCCUAGCUACCUCCACGCCAGUGCAGCACCCAGAGACCUCAGCACACCACCCUGGGAAGUGCAUGUCACAGACCAACUCCACCUUCACCUUCACCACCUGCCGUAUCCUGCAUCCUUCGGACGAGCUCACGCGGGUCACACCAAGCCUUAACUCAGCCCCGACUCCAGCUUGCGGCAGCGCGGGCCACUUGAAGUCCACACCAGUGGCUACGCCGUGCACCCCCCGGAGGCUGAGCCUGGCUGAAUCGUUCACAAACGUCCGGGAGUCCACCACCACCAUGAGCACAUCACUAGGGUUGGUGUGGCUGCUGAAGGAGAGGGGCAUUUCGGCGGCUGUGUACGACCCCCAGAGCUGGGACAGGGCGGCCCGGGGCUCCAUGCUGCACUCCUACGCGCCCAGGAUGGCCGUAAUCCCCUCCACCCCACCCAACUCGCCCAUGCAGACGCCCACCACCUCCCCACCCUCCUUCGAGUUCAAGUGCACGAGCCCCCCCUACGACAACUUCCUGGCCUCCAAGCCGGCCAGCUCCAUCCUGCGGGAGGUGCGGGAGAAGAAGAGCUUCCGCAGCAGCGAGAGCCAGACGGACGUGUCGGUCUCCAACCUCAACCUCGUGGACAAAGUCAGGAGGUUCGGCGUGGCCAGAGCAGUGACCUCGGGGCGGGCCCACGUCCCCACGCUGACCGAGGACCAGGGACCUCUCCUCUGUGGGGGCCCGGGCCCCACCCACGCCGUGGUCCCCGAGGGCCUGCCUCUAGGGUGCCCCACGGUCACCAGUGCCAUCGGUGGGCUGCAGCUCAGCAGCGGCAUCCGACGGAAUCGUAGCUUCCCCACCAUGGUGGGCUCCAGCAUGCAGAUGAAAGCCCCGGUAACUCUCACCUCGGGCAUCCUGAUGGGUGCUAAGCUCCCCAAACAGACUAGCUUACGGUGAGGAGAGGGGGAGGGGAGCGUGGCCCCACCUCCCCACUCUUCCCUCUC